AAUCAUUUGAACUCAUGAUUGACAUUCUUGCGAAUAAACUAUCGUCUCACGCUUCAUAUCCAUCUUUUAUCCCGGUAUCGUCUCAGGUGACGCUUAUACUCAUAAAUGCUCAGUAAGAACUGCCAGCACUUCCUCGUCGCGUGCGCUUUCCUGACCGGAUCAUUGGCGGUGACCGAAAUUGCAUUGACUAUUGCCGCAUUUCAACUUCUCAAUCGACUCAAGACUCGAGUUGCUACCCAACUACCCCACGGAAUACUUCAUGCAGACCCUAUCCUUGAUACCGGAAUCGCGAUUAUUGUCGUGUCAAUUCUUGCAAUCCUCCCAUCAAUUUUUGGUAGUGUCUUUCGCCUGGCCCAUCGCUGCCCGACGGAGAAUUUUCGAUACUUUGCGAUUGUGACUUUCGCAUAUUUACCUGUCCUGGUAGUUGGAACCGUGAUUGGGUUGACGUGGCAUGCUUCCGUCACAUCGGCUCUGCCUCAGUUGAUGGUGAAGAGGUUAAUCGCGGGAAGUGGUAUGAGCCUUUACUAUCACAGCUAUAGGGCCGUGAUGGCUGUUAUUGUGAAUGGUUGGAUAGUAUUCGCAAGCUUGGUCCUAGCUACGAUGUUGGAAAGGAUGACGUUCAAGGCUACCCAACAAGAUCAACAGACUAUGUCUUCGCCAGUAUUUUUGACUGAUGAAUCGAAAAAUAGCGAUGAGGAAGGGAUUUAGCUUAGAUAUGAAUUGUCUGAGAUUCUUGAUGACUCCUUACAUAGCUGAUCUAUAUCCACAGCCUUGGAAAAGUGUAACUGGCUUUCUGAUUUGUUUAGCUCACCUAUCAUAUUCCCAAAUAUUUUAUCUAUUUGUCUAUUCAUUCAUUCUUUCCCCUCACGGACUUGUUCAAGUCACAAACAUCAGUAGCUUCGAAUCCUGGAGAUAGAAACGGGAUUUCUUUUCUUGACUCUCCAAUUAAUAAUUAUAUCGAUUUGUUUUUAUGUUUUCAGUUCCUUAGGCUCGUAUUUUGAAAUCUAGAGAAGAUUUCUUAGUAAAUCAUGACUAUUUGAUCUCACACAUGACUC